AUGAGCGUAGCCAGAAGAGACGCGUUACGCUGGUCCGAGUAUCGCGAUCAUGUCUCGUCUCGCGGGGCACGUCUCCCUGACGGACUAGAUCGCUCGUCGGAGUCAUCUGCGCCCCACGCGCCCGCGCCUCACCGCACCUCCUCCUCACAUCCUCAGCGCCGCGUCGUUAACCGCACCGGCCGUCCGCCCUCGACACGCGAGCACCUCCACGCCUUCCAGCACUCCAUCGCCGCCGUCGACCGCUGCCCGUACCCCGUCGUCGCCGCCGCGCACAGCAUCGCGCUCGGCCUCUCCAUCGACAUCAUGAGCGCGAGCGCGAGCGACGUGCGCUACGCCGCGUCCAUCGCCGUCUUCGCGAUCGAGGAACGUCCGGCUCCGGCGCCGCUUCCAGAUCCUGAACCUGCGGGCACCCCGCGCGCGUUUGGCCACCCGCGCUGUGCGACGUCCGCAGCGUCGACCGCGCGCGGGACGUCGUGCCCAUGA